GGGUGAACAACUCCAUUCUGCAACGCUUGGAAGACUGCUCGCAGUCCAGCUCCCUGCACUGGGCUGGCUUUUGCUCACGAGUGGCAAAAGUUGCUCGCUCGAUGGAAGGAAUGUUAACUUGGGGGGACUCGGAGCGGUGCUGUUUCGCUGUGCGCGUAGCAUGGUCCGCGUUCAGGAGCUGCAGUUUGAAAGACUAACGCGAGAGCUGGAGGCAGAGCGCCAGAUUGUUGCCAGCCAGUUGGAGAGAUGCAAGCUUGGAUCCGACACUGGCAGCAUGAGCAGCAUUAGUUCAACAGAGGAUUCCUUUCGCUGGCACACACAAGAUGGACAGAAAGCGGCUGAUGAUGAGAUCACUAGUGGCUUAGAGCUGGUGGAUUCAUGCCUUAGAUCUCUGCAAGAGUCGGGGAUAUUGGACCGACAGGACUAUUCUUCGACUGAAAGGCCUGGUAUUCUCUCCCAGAGCACAACUCAGAUAAACUCCAACCCAGAGGGGGCUUACCAGUACUCGGCCAUCUACCACAGCAACCAGACCCUCACCCGGGGUGACUCAGCAACAUCGCAGCUCGCCGCAAGGACCUCCAGUGGUCAAGUCGGAGCAGGAAUCGGCAUCUCAAACUACAGCCAGAUUAACAAGGUCGGGGACACCGGUCGCACAUCUGGGUCUGAGUCUUCCCCAUCCCAUUCUGCAUCUCAGUCCAGGGAAGCUUUUGUGCCGAGCCAUGGUAGCGCAUUCCGGUUACCAGACUCCCAGCAUCCAUCUUCAGUCUACUAUGUCAGUGCCACCCUGCCAGCACAGAGAGUGAGCUCCCCUAUGUCUCUGCAGAGGGUGGGAUCGCCCCCCAAGCUCCAGCGGGUGGGAUCCACCGCAGACGGCUAUGGCACCCAGCGGGUCUCCUCCCCCAAGCAGACGUGCUCACCCAGCAGGCUGUCCAAGUCCUACAGCACCAGCUCCCCCGUCAACAUUGUGGUGUCCUCCGCAGCUCUCUCUCCCUCGCCCAUCCGCGUGAUUUCUCCGCCAAAUGCCCAGACCAGCAUCACCUCGCCUGUGCAUCAAGUGAGCGCCACCCAGUCCAACUAUGCCACGCUUUCUCCUACAAAACGGCUGGCCCACACGUCUGAUCAGUACAACAAGCACACCCAGGAGCUGUACGAUCGCUCUACUCUCCAGAGACCCGGCAGUUUGGCAGCCAACUCCCGGGCAUCCUACAGUAGCCAGCACAGCCACCUGGGCUCAGACCUGCGGACAUUACAGUCCCCAGAGCACCACAUUGAUCCAAUUUAUGAAGACCGAGUCUAUCAAAAACCCCCAAUGAGGAGCUUAAGUCAAAGUCAAGGUGAUCCACUGCAGGCAUCACUCACAGGGACAUAUCGCACCAGUACAGCCCCGUCCUCCCCUGCUGUUGACUCCGUACCCUUGCAGCGCACAACCAGCCAGCAUGCCAGCCAGAGCACGGCCACUUACCAGAGAGCCAGCUAUGCCACAGGGCCAGUGGGGAAUUACGCGGAUCCUUACCGGACACUCCAGUACUGCCCUUCAGUGGACUCGCCGUACAGCAAAUCUGGGCCAGCUAUUCCGCCUGAAGCUACUUUGGCAAGGUCACCUUCCAUCGACAGCAUUCAGAAGGAUCCCAGGGAAUUUGGUUGGAGGGAUCCUGAGCUACCAGAGGUCAUUCAGAUGUUGCAACAUCAGUUCCCUUCAGUGCAGUCGAAUGCAGCAGCUUACCUGCAACAUCUGUGCUUUGGAGAUAAUAAAAUUAAGGCAGAGAUAAGAAGGCAAGGGGGAAUCCAAUUGCUCGUGGACCUGCUGGAUCACCGAAUGCAAGAGGUACAUCGCAGUGCCUGUGGAGCCUUGAGGAACCUGGUGUACGGGAAGGCGAACGAUGACAAUAAAAUUGCCUUGAAAAACUGCGGUGGGAUUCCAGCGCUGGUGCGUCUCCUUCGAAAGACCCCCGAUGUGGAGAUCAGGGAGCUGGUCACAGGAGUGCUGUGGAACUUGUCAUCAUGUGAUGCACUGAAGAUGCCCAUUAUCCAGGAUGCACUUGUGGUGCUGACCAAUGCUAUAAUCAUUCCACAUUCCGGCUGGGACAUCUCCCCACACCAGGAAGACCGCAAAAUUCAGCUCCAUUCGUCCAUGGUGCUGCGCAAUGCCACCGGCUGUCUGAGGAACGUCAGCUCGGCUGGUGAAGAGGCGCGGAGACGGAUGAGAGAAUGUGAUGGGCUCACUGAUGCGUUGCUGUAUGUGAUUCAGUCUGCUCUAGGGAGCAGUGAGAUUGAUAGCAAGACGAUUGAAAAUUGUGUCUGCAUUUUGAGAAACCUCUCCUACCGUCUGGCAGCAGAAACGGCUCAGGGACAGCAGAUGGGGACGGAUGAGUUUGACGGAUUGCUGUGUGAAGGCACCGGCAAGGACGCCGAGAGCUCAGGGUGUUGGGGCAAGAAGAAGAAGAAGAAGAAAUGCCAAGACCAGUGGGAUGGCGUUGGUCCUCUCCCAGAGACAGCAGAUCCACCAAAGGGUAUACAGCUGCUGUGGCAUCCCUCAAUAGUCAAACCCUACCUCACACUUCUGUCAGAAUGCUCAAAUCCAGACACCUUGGAGGGGGCAGCAGGAGCCCUACAGAAUCUGGCUGCAGGGAGCUGGAAGUGGUCUGUUUACAUUCGUGCAGCAGUACGGAAGGAGAAGGGUUUGCCAAUUCUGGUGGAGCUGCUGCGAAUAGACAACGAUCGUGUGGUGUGUGCUGUUGCCACAGCUUUACGAAAUAUGGCCUUAGAUGUCAGAAACAAGGAGCUGAUCGGCAAAUACGCCAUGCGUGAUCUGGUCCACCGUCUCCCUGGAGGGAGCAGCAGUGGGAGUGGAGGAGGUGGUGGAGGUGGAGGUGUUGGCAACACUGGUACCAGCACGACCGUGAGCAAACCCAUCUCUGAUGAAACGAUCACUGCCAUUUGCUGCGCUUUGCAUGAAGUCAUCACUAAAAACAUGGAAAAUGCCAAGGCCUUACGAGAUGCAGGCGGCAUUGAGAAGCUGAUCGGCAUCGCGAAGAGUAAAGGAGACAAGCACUCACCAAAGGUGGUGAAAGCUGCUUCUCAGGUCCUGAACAGCAUGUGGCAGUAUCGCGAUUUAAGAAGUCUCUACAAGAAGGAUGGAUGGUCGCAGUAUCAUUUUGUUGCUUCAUCUUCUACGAUUGAACGGGACAGACAAAGACCAUAUUCCUCUUCACGUACUCCCUCCAUAUCACCAGUCAGGAUGUCUCCUAACAACCGUUCAGCGAGUGCCCCAGCCUCUCCUCGGGAGAUGAUUGGGUUAAAGGAACGAAAGACAGACUACGAGACAACUGGGACAAUCUCUGGUUACCAUGGAAGCAAAGGAGAGCACACUUCCAGGAAGGAUACUUUACCAGCUCAGCUUUCAGUAGGAGCUGGAUCAGUCUACAGGAAUUCAUAUGCUACUCCUACGGAAGACAUUAAGCACAACCAGGUUUCAUCACAGCCUGCUGCACAAGAGCCCAGUAGAAAAGAUUACGACACCUAUCAGCCCUAUCAAAACUCCACACGAAACUAUGAUGACUCUUUCUUUGAAGAUCAAGUACACAGUCGCCCAGCUGCGAGUGAAUACAACAUGCAUCUUGGCCUAAAGUCAACUGGCAACUAUGUUGAUUUCUAUUCUGCUGCUCGUCCUUACAGUGAGUUAAACUACGAAACCAGCCACUACCCGGCCUCUCCAGACUCCUGGGUCUAAGAAAAUGACCCCACGGGUCUGAGCAGAGGCAAAACAAAACAUCUGGGAACUGUGCAUGUGCAUGAAUACCACAAGACAUUUUUCAGCAAGUCUAGUCUGUCGAAGCCUGUUCCAUAGGACAGUUAUCAGGUGAACUGUGGCAUAUAGUCGUGAGAUGGAUAAGUGUUGAGAGGGAAACGGAAAUGACAUUUAGCCUGCAGGAAGAUACCUGACUGGGAAAGAGGACUAAAUGCGUGUUGACAUCCCUAUUGUGCAUCCAAAAAUCAAAACGAAAGCGUGCAAAUGAAAAC